AUGUUGGAAAGCAGUCGUCACCACCUCUCAUGUGCAUCUCAACCGCCAUGUGUGAGCAUUCCCAGCCGUCGUCGCCACUUGUUUGCGUUUCUCCGACCGCUCACGUCCCCAAACAAGCACCGUUACCAGCCGAUUCUCCUGCCAUCAUGGUGGAAUGCUGUUCAUCUCCUCCGAUACUUCGUUGUCGACGAUAGUGAGGGCCUAGCAGACGUUCUUCAGGCCGCUGAUAUCGCUGGAAGUCUCAGCCUCAUCCCCAAUCAUUGGUGCUACGUUUCAGUCCACGAUUCCAUUGUCGUAGUUGUUCAUAAGGUCGUCCUUUCGUCGUCGCUUUCUCCGACUGUAUGGUACUGCCACCCAAGUGACCGAGGUGGGUGCGUGACUUGCGACUGGGAUUGGAAUCGUGUGCUUUCUACUCGCGUGGGUUGA